AUGGCACGGGCACGCCCUGGUUCUCGAGGGCGCUUCUACACGGAGAGCAGCCAUGCCCCCUUUGUCCAGCCUCCUCCAGUUGGCACGCCAAGGGGUCUUAGGACAAAAACGAUCUAUGGCUCUUGUGAGGGUACCAAGAUUGCACCAAGCGUGUUCCGACCAGAGGUGCCCACAGCAGAAAGCCUCUCGGAUAAUGUUCUGGAUGAUGACUGUGCCUCUACAUCCGAUUCCAGAGCGCGGCCAGAGCCGCGGAUGUCCACACGGCCAGACUCCCGCAACUCCGUGCGGUCAAGGCGGGCAGAUAGCAGCACGGGAGGAGUCCCAUGCAGUCCCAGGCUAAUUCCUCCGGGGAGCAGAUCCUCCUCAAAAUCUGGGAAGUCUCGCUCCCCUAGCAGUGCGGGGUCCGCAUCAAAAGAGAGCAACGGUGCCACCCUGCCAGCGCUUUCUGCUAAGAAGUCGUCAGUGUCCAGCGAGUCGGACAGACCCGGCCAAGUUCGCAGACGCCUCUCCUUCGCAAAAGAAACGCUGGGCGACGUGGCACUUGCCAUCCGCGAAGAGGAGCCUGACCUCGAGUGGCUGGAAGACAGCUGGAGCCGCAUUCUGGCUGGGUGGAAGUCUACAACCGAUGGCAAGCAACAGGUGGAUGGAACCCUGGGCAUGCCAAAGGCCAUGGAGUGGGUCAAGCUCUUUGAUCCGGCGGGGCAUAUGAAGAUACAGCAGACGCGAUCGGCAUCGGACUACCGCAAAGUGAGGGUCCCAGUACCUGCCUUCCUGACUGCUGCUAUCUUCCUGUCCAGCUCAAUAUCCAAGAAGCAGAAGCUUCGUUUCCUCCUAGGGGUUUUCGAUGAGAACGACAGCGGUACGUUUGAGAUAACGGAAUUCAUCUCAAUGAUUUCCUCUUUCUUUUUUGGGAUUGGCUGCGUUUUCAGCAUGCCGAACCUGGACAAAAGCGCUACUACCCGACAGAACUAUGGCAGGCAGAUCUUUCGGAGAAUCCUGGGGUUCGCAGAAGUCAAGAUGGCCUCAGAGGCAGAAAGGGUGAUGCUGGCACAGGGCUCUGUUCCACUUGCCAUCAUCGAGGAAUGGUUUCUGGGAGAGACAGGGGAUCCACUCGCCAUACCCUUCGCGCUUUUCCUUGAGCGUUUCUCAGUGAGAGGAAUCGACGAUGACCCAGAGCUUUUUGAAGAUGAAGAUCGGAAGUUCCGCUUGUCCCAUGUAGCCCCGGUUCAGCCACCCAUGGAGACGGCUGCGUCGCUGGAUUCAAGCUUUCUUCGUCGAAGCCAGAUUCGGACUGUCAGAGACCUCUUCAACUGGUGCUGGUCCAACCGCCAUUUUGCCAUUUCCCACGCUGAAGCCUCGCAGAUCGUGGGUAGCGCGAUCGCGGCAGAAUUCUGGAUUGGAAAACUUCGACAAGCGCUCGAGGAAAUGGAGACUCUCCGGGAGGAUGGUGCCCGGUUAAAUCUCAGCAUCUUCUUGAAGAAGAUUUGCCCUCGAGCUUCUGCACGCCAUGUUCGCAUGUUCCAGACUUGGCUAAAGGAGCUUGAUCAGUUAGAAGAUCUCAGGAAGCAGCUUCAUAGUGGACGAAGGUUACAGCAGGCGCAUGCCGCCUUUACCUCUCUACCUGUGCUGCCUGCGCCAAUCCGCCAAGAGCUACUCCAGGAUUACCACAGGGUGGAGAUCAUCAAAGCGACGCCCAUGAGCAAGGAUGAUUACAUUGCUGCCAUGUGCCCAGAGGAGUACCGUUCGGCGGAGGUCAAUUCCUUGGUGGAUGGCGUAGUCGCCGAGUUCCUAACCUUGCAGGUGGGUAAAGUGGAGGCCCUCUUGGCCGCCAAGGAGGCCCUCUUCGCCGAGGACACCUCCAUGAACAAGGUGGACCAGAGCUACUCCCGCUGCUAG